AUGCCCGCGGGUGACAAGGGCUGGCUUGGCAUGGCUCCGACAGCGGCAGAGGUCCAGCACGCCAAGGAGAUCCUGGAUCGCAGCCAGGACCCCAAGAAGAAGGAGAGGGCUGUGCUGGCCAGCUUCAGGUACUACUUGAUCGAGAAGGGCGGCGGCACCACGAACCCUGGCCUCUUGCAGGACGUCAUGGCCAGCAAGGGGGAGGAGCGUAAGCAGUAUCUGCUCGACUUCUUGGUGAUGCAGGCUCGCGACAAGAAGGCCAAGGUUGGGCAGACCUCGACUUACAAAACAGGCACCGAUAAGCGGUCACACACCAUCACUGGCUGGGUGAGCUGGAAGAAGUUCUGCGACGUGCUCGGCGAGAAGAAGGCCGAACUCUUCUUGGAGAAGAAUGUUGUGACGACUCGCCCAUGCACGCAGACAGGGUCAACGGAGAAGGAGAUCCAGGAGUACUACCUCAAGGAGUCCUACACUGAUCUUCAAGGGAUGGAGGUGUCCACGUCCAGCAUCAACCACGUCAAGGAUGAUGCCGACGAUGCCGACCUGCUGAUGAUGGUCACCGAUUGCAAGAAGAACACACAAGCGCUGGAGAGCAUCAAGUACACGUCCGAGCUCCAGGGCGACUACAAGAAGCUCACGCCGAAAAUCACGAGGAUGGUGAAGCUCGUGGAGGCGCUCAUCGUCGAUCCUGACGCCGAUAAGGGGCGCGAUACCAUCGACAAGAUGACGAAGACCUUCGACGCCAUCGUUGACGAGUUCGGCAAAGUCGAGGAGGCUGCGAAGAGGUUCGGCGUGCAGACCAGCGGGCCCAAGAAGCGCAAGCGCUGA